AUGCUCUUCGAGAAGCUUCUGCUGAAGCCGUUCACGGUGACCAUCCUCAAGAACUCGAUCGGCUUCUACACGUUCACGCUCGUGCUGACAGCAUGGGCGAGUCCGCAUCCGCUGCUGCACGCGAGGGACCAUAAUCACGGAGCCCGCGGCGGCAACAAGGAGACGGAGUACAACAUCCUGGAGAAGGAGCUCGCUGACAUCAAACGGCGCCUCAACCUCGCGGAGAAGCGGGAAUGGCCCACUCCCGACGUGCUUGCCGAGCUUGGCGACGACGACAUGCCUGACCCUUCGAUCCUCAAGCUUCUCAAGACCGCCAAUAUCGGUGAAGACCAGGCCUCCAUCUGCGGCCCACCGGCCGGACGCUCCUUCGAGAUCCGUUUCAAGGGUUGCAGCGCUGCCAUCAACGCCACCCGCACAUUCUCUGCCCAGCGGAGGGCCGGCGAGUGGACUAAGCUACAAUGCCCGGCCGCCAACGGCACCGAGACUGCCAACCUUUUCGUCAGCCCCAACAAGAAGAACCCGAAGACCGAGCGCAACCAGAGCCUCCUGCGCCAAUUGCGCAAAGCCGUCCUCACCCUGUACCCCGCUUUGGGCGGAAAACUGCGCAUUGCACGUUCCGAUGGUAUUUUAUUCGUCGACUCCGACCCCGUCGCCCGGGCACUUUCCCUUAAGCCCGGCGAGAUCUACUACAAUUGGUGGUUCACCGUGUGCGAGUCCCACAAGAUCGACAAGGACGCCGUCUUCGGGAAGAUUGCCGAGUACGGGAAGGGCCGCUUCGCGGACAUCACGUGGGGCUUGUACACCAGCAGGCACUACCAGCGCAGGGACAAAAUCGACUACCUCCGGCGUCUCCUCAAGACGAACACCGCCAUUUUCAUUGCCGAAGCCCACUGCACCGUCGAGGCCUUCCAGUCGCUGCUCCCCGACGUGGCGCGCGAAUGGUGGAUCGCAGGUGCACCCGGAUCCCGAAACUCUGGCAGUGUCAUCGCCAUGGUAAGGAAAUAUUGGACUCUAGCCGGAACCCCUCCCGAGUGCGACGUACUUGCAGAAAAAAGAGUCGUUCGCAUUCUUGCGAACGCUGGCAAAUACACUUCGACCGCCUGGGCUGUCCACAAUUUCAACAUCAACGACCGCGACCUCGCUAACAUCAAGAACCUCGCAAUCGCUGACACUACUUCUGCUGAGGCCGACCCUCUCUCCAAGCCCCUCGGCGAUUGGAGCUUUAUAGACGAAGAUGAGCGUGUUCAAGUUGUCCGGGGCCCCCGUGCCCGUGAGCGCCACCAUUGUCCGCAGCGCGUUUCAAUCCGGAAGCGCCUUAUUGACCUCUACACGGCUUACGAUACUCCUGAAGCCACACACCUCGCAAACGGCAAGUACGCCCGCUUGGGCCGCAUAUGCAGUUCGACCCCUUCUUGGGCCAUUGGCUCCGCCCAGGUCACGAUCACGGCGCUCGACGACCCUCUGCGGCUUCGCCUGCAGAAGAUCAGUGACCACGCUGCCGUCGCGGAAAUCAUACGUGAGACGGGCCGCGUCCUGCGCAACAGGAUCUUGAAGACCGCCCCUGACGCCGACCUCGCGCAAAUGCUCGCCAUGGCCUCCCUGGCGCGAGCGGUUCGGCAGGGCGACUGUGAUCUAGCCAAGGCAGUUCUCACAAAUUUCUCGAAGGGUCGCAACUUUGUCUCUGUUGACGAGGGGCGCGUCGCCCCGCGCGAUCCCCCAGGUUUCGCCGACGCCUUCGACGAGGACCGGGCCGAAUCGUUGGCCACCGCAUGGGCUGCGCACAUCGGGAAGCAGUUCACCAACGGCCCCGCCACUGCAGAGAUCCUCAAACGGCGGGCGGUCCCGCUCGAUUGGAGUUUGGCGCCGGCGCCCUCCACGCACCUCAUCAAGAGCUCCCUCAAGAGUGCGUCCGACUCAAGCCUUGCGCUCGGCACGCCGCGCGGCACCCUCGAGUUCUUCCCGGUCGUCUACCACCUUAAUGCGGCUUUCAUGUUCGGCGCGUUCGCCCACUUAUUCAUUCCUCUCUUCGCUGCGCUCGCUGCCCAGAUGGUCGAGCCGAUCGGUGACCAGCUGCAGGCGCUCGUCCCAGAGUGGGUCCAGUUGGCCAUCGUGAGGGUCGCGUCUUACCUCGGUUAUCUUAUGGGCCCUAACGUCGCGGACGAGAUGCGGGGGGAACCGACGAGGAAGCAGCAGCAGCAGCGAGCCGACGCGCGCGCCGAGGCCAAGGGCCCCACCACCGCCACCAUCAAGGAGUACAAUAUCAAAGCCGUUCCUUACACGCUGCACGUCGCCCAAUUCGAGUUCCCGCCGCGCGCUCUCGUGCUGGCGGAAACCGGCGUCAUCAACAAGCUUUGGCACGUUCCGCCGUCUACCUUCACUACCCGUGGAAUGUUUCGCGCCUCGGAGUUCGGCGCCGUCGACGUCGUCUCCGUCUCCCUGGCUUGCGUCGCCGCGCUGAUCCGCGCCGCGCUCAUCGCGCACGACUGGGAGACGCCCCUGGCCGAGGCCCGCCUGCGCCGCCGCUGGCCGGAGCAGGCCAGCGACACCAAUGGCGUCGAUUUCGACGCCUUCAUUGCCAUUAUGAGGAUGCGUGAGAGCGCGGUGCACCUGUGCCUUUUCGGCUGCACAGCGAAGGACGAAUGGCCCCACUACGCCGACUGCCUGCCGUUGUGGUCCACUGUGCGCUCCGCGCUGGGCGCGGCCCAUCCUGCCCGGAGAUUCGACUGCAUCGGUCUCCACGCCAAGCGGCCCGACGACCUCUACCCGCUUCUCACGGCAGGCCCGCGCUGGGCAAUCCCCGCCCGCGAGCUUGCUGGCACCGACCAGACCGGUUUCCCUGUGCAGUUCCGCUUUGUGUGCCUCGAAAACCAGGCCGCGAUGUACAGAGUCGGUCUGAGGUCCGUGAUUUUCCCUGGGAUCUAUCACCGCUGGCGCGAGCUCAGAGAUUAUCAAGUUGACCGUCGCGUUGUUCCCCGCAGGCUCGAUUGGGUUCAGGAGUCCAUCGCAUCACCCCUGUGCUCCGUGCGCGAGAGGUCCCAGAGUGCACCGCCGACCCCCUCAGACCCCGACGAAGCUCGCCUUCGCAAGAAGAUCCUCGAGAGGCUGGAGUUCCGAGACUCCCGGAGUUGCCCCUCCGCGUCCGUUGCACUCAUGCCUAGCGUUAAGAAGUUUCGGGCCGUCAGGCGCUGGAUGUCGGAGGCCCGGGCGGCGUGGUCGGCCAUCAAUGCCGGGCUCACCUCAGCGCCAACCUGGGCUGCGGUCGCGGGGCCAAUCGCGGUGGCUGAGCUCACCUUGCAGAGGAUCGGCUGGAACUUCGUCGCGGCCUACGCGUUCGUCGACGUCAGAGGGCGCGGGGCGGUGAGCGAGUCUAAGCAGCGUGGUGCGCUCCAGGCGCUCUGGAAUGGCGCCAUGUGGACCAGAGCGCAGCGCUGCAGACGGGGGCUCACGCGGGACUGCCAGUACCAGGCGUGUGGGGCGCUUGUGGAGUCGGACGAGCCUGGAUGCAGGAGCGUGUGGACUGCCUGCCAGCCCGUGGUGAAAAAUGCGCAACGUGCUGGAGUCCAGACCAGGAGGGCAGCAAGAGAGGCCGAGGACGUGGAGCAGUCGGCUGAUCUGGACUUGCACCUGCUGCAAAUGGCGGGCAACGCGUGGGCCGAUUUUUUUGCCACACGGGCGAUCGUGGAGACCUGCCCUGGCCUUGGGUUCGAGCGGGCCAUCGAGCUCAAAUUCGCCAUGGCCGUCAAGGUGACACAGUUUGUUGCGUGGGCAGCGGCCAGGGUCAGCGAGGUCAGAGCUUGGAGUGCCCCGCCUGAUGAGCCUCGGGCUUCGCUGCCCCCCGCUGCGCCCACUGCCAUCGCCCACAUCGAUGUCGACGGCAUGGCCUGCCUUACGGCGGGAGAUGCUGAACGCACCAGAGUGAGGUGCAAACGGUGCAGGUUGCAGGCAUACACUGACCACCUCAAGCGGAGGCUGGACACGCUGCCUUGCAGGCCGUCGGGGCUUGCGCGCGCCAGACUGAGGCCGUUGGGCGAGGCGGCGGGCCCGCAGCAGUGGAUGGAGAACUGCGUGUACUUCGCGCCGGCGGCCAUGUGCGCGCCCCAGUAUGCGCUGCUCUUCGCGCAUGCCUCCGCUGAGUACGCCGCCAGCGAGAGGUGCGCCGGCGCCGCCGACGCGGCGCCGCAGCCGCCCGCGCCCGCGGCGCCGCGCCAGCCAGCGGCCUCCGCGUUGGGCCCCCGCGGGCGCGCCGCCGUGGGCGCGCUGCUCUCCGGCCUGGCGGCGGGCGUCGCGCGGCCGCCUGGGAAGGUCGCGCGGCACGGCGCACGCCAGGCGCGGAGCCCCAGCGGGGCGGGGCGGCGCCGGAGGCCCGCAACCGCGCUGCGGCAGCAGCUUUGCGCAAGCGAGGAGGUGCCGCCCCCGCCCGCCGACCGAGGAGCCGAGGGAGGGCCGCCGCGGGAGGAGCCGCCGAAGGGAGGGCUUCAGGAGGAGAAGGUCCUCGCGGAGCUCUGCCCAGAGCAGGCGGAGGUCGCCCGUGCCGUCUUGGCUGGCGGCUCGGUGUUCAUCACGGGCGAGCCAGGCUCUGGGAAGAGCUUCCUGCUGGAGAGGGUGGAGCUGCAGCUUCCAGCUUCUGCGGGCGUGGACGGCUGCGUCGACGAGCGGCGGGUGGCUGUGUGCGCGUCAACGGGCGCCGCGGCGGUGCACAUCGGCGGCUCCACGCUGCACUCGUUCAUGAACUGGGGGCACGACGGGACAACGCGCCGCCGGCGCUCCCGCCGCAAGAAGUGGAAGAAGGCGACGAAGCGCGCGGACGAGGCCAUAAUUGAAGCGAAGACCCUGCUGCUAGACGAGGUGAGCAUGAUACCAGGCGACCUGUUCGACAAGGCCUCCAAGGACCUGAGCAGGCUACGCGACGACUCCCGGCCGUUCGGCGGACUGCAGGUGGUGAUGUGCGGCGACUUCCUGCAGCUCCCUCCAGUGGAGGGAGACACCUGGGCCUUCGAGGCCGAGGAGUGGGCACGGCUGGAUCCGAAGACGUUCUGCUUGCGGCAGAACCACAGGCAGGCAGGCGACGCCAGCUUCCAGGAUCUGCUUCGCGGGGUCCGCCGGGGCGAGACGCCAGAGGCGCUGCGCAGCGCAGGCGCCCCGCCGAAGGGGAACGGCCAGGCCACGCGCCUCGUCUGCACCAACGCCGAGGCCAACUCCGAGAACUCGGAAAGGGAGCAGCACGUUUUCUGUUUUAUCUCGGCAAGCGCCAGACUGCACAUGCGCGCCGCGUGA